CUGCCAUUCAAGACGUUCAAAAAGAUCUGCAUGCCACUACCAACGAAAUUGCUCUUAGUCUCUCUCUAUUCAUUCUAGUUCAAGGAGCUGGCCCCUUAAUAUGGUCAGCUAUCAGCGAGAUUAAAGGAAGGAAAUUCGUCUAUAUCGUAUCUAUGCUGAAAUAUGACCACUCUCAUCUGCAUGAGGAUGCUUCAGGCAGUAGGAUCCGCGGCUAUGACAUAUACGCCACAAACGUUCGAGGGACGAUGAUGGGCAUAUUCUAUGCUGCCCCCCUUGUUGGUCAAUCUUUAGGUCCACUCUUUGGUGUUCUCACCCACAUCUGGAAUUGGCGUGCAGCGUUCUACUUUUUGACUAUUAUCGGUG